AUGGCCGCUCAGCGAGUAUUCCCACUUUCCUGUGUGGUGCAGCAAUAUGCCUGGGGAAAGAUGGGUUCCAACAGUGAAGUGGCCCGGCUGCUGGCCAGCAGUGACCCACUGGCCCAGAUCUCAGAAGACAAACCAUAUGCAGAGCUGUGGAUGGGGUCCCACCCCCGGGGAGAUGCCAAGAUCCUUGACAACCGCAUCUCGCAGAAGACCCUAGGCCAGUGGAUUGCUGAUAAUCAGGACAGCUUGGGUUCGAAGGUCAAGGACACCUUUAAUGGCAAGCUGCCCUUCCUCUUCAAAGUGCUUUCAGUUGAAACGGCCCUGUCCAUCCAGGCACACCCUAACAAGGAGCUGGCAGAGAAGCUGCACCUCCAGGCUCCACAGCACUACCCUGAUGCCAACCAUAAGCCAGAGAUGGCAAUUGCUCUCACCCCCUUCCAGGGCUUAUGCGGCUUCCGGCCAGUUGAGGAAAUUGUGACCUUUCUAACAAAGGUGCCAGAAUUCCAGUUUCUAAUUGGAGACAAUGCAGCAGCACAGCUGAAGCAGAGCCUGAGCCAGGACCCCGAGGCUGUGACCUCUGCUCUGCGGAGCUGUUUCUCCCACCUGAUGAAGAGCGAGAAGAAGGUGGUGGUGGAGCAGCUGAACCUGUUGGUGAAGCGGAUCUCGCAGCAAGUGGCUGCUGGAAACAACAUGGAGGACAUCUGUGGGGAGCUCCUGCUGAAGCUGCACCAGCAGUACCCGGGUGAUAUCGGAUGCUUUGCCAUCUACUUCCUGAAUCUGCUUACCCUGAACCCAGGGGAGGCCAUGUUUCUGGAGGCCAACGUGCCCCACGCCUACCUGAAAGGAGACUGCGUGGAGUGCAUGGCAUGUUCAGACAACACAGUGCGUGCUGGCCUGACACCCAAGUUCAUCGAUGUGCCAACUCUGUGUGAAAUGCUCAGCUACACCCCCAGCCCCAGCCAGGACAGGCUCUUCCCUCCAGCACGGAGCCCAGAAGACCCCUACCUCUCUAUCUACGAUCCCCCUGUGCCAGACUUCACCGUUAUGAAGAUGGAGGUACCUGGCUCUGUCACUGAAUACAAAGUCUUGGCCCUGGACUCUGCCAGCAUCCUCCUGGUGGUGCAGGGGACAGUGACAGCCAGCACUCCCACAGCCCAGGCAACAAUCCCCCUGAAACGUGGCGGGGUGCUCUUCAUUGGGGCCAAUGAGAGUGUCUCACUGAAGCUCACUGUGCCUAAGGACCUGCUGAUGUUCCGUGCCUGCUGCCUGCUAUAG